GCUGAUCUAGCGGUACUACUACUAUAGCCCUAGCUAGAGAGCAGAGAGCGAGCGAAAGAGAGAAGGGGAAGAGGGCGGUCCAGGCGCGCGUGAGUGACCCACACGAGAAUAUUUGGAGGCGUUCGUGGGCGUGGGGGCGUGUCAUGUGUCAUGUGUGUGUGUGUGUUUGUGUGUGAGUGCGAGACAGUGAGACUGGAGAUAUAGCUAGCUAAAGAGGGGCAGCCUUUCUUCCUCCCUCACUCCUCUCCCCUCACUCUCCCUCUCUUCCUCCUCCUCCCUGGGCUCAAGCUUAAGCUUAUAUUGCUGCUCCUUCUCCUCCACCCACCCACCCACCCAUCCUGAGUGAAGAACGAGUCCCUGAGCUAGCUGCUGGGUAGGAGCAGCUAGCGGCGGGUAGUGCGUAGCGUACGUGUGGUUGAGCUGAGGAGGCCAUGGCUUUCCUUGUGGAGAGGUGCGGGGAGAUGGUGGUGUCCAUGGAGAUGGGCUCGGGGGCGCACGGUGGUGGUGGCGGUGGCGGCGGCGGCGGCGUUGGGAAGCCGGUGCCGGCGCCGUUCCUGACCAAGACGUACCAGCUGGUGGACGACCCCUGCACCGACCACAUCGUGUCGUGGGGGGAGGACGACGCCACCUUCGUCGUCUGGCGCCCGCCCGAGUUCGCCCGGGACCUCCUCCCCAACUACUUCAAGCACAACAACUUCUCCAGCUUCGUCCGGCAGCUCAACACCUACGGAUUCAGGAAGAUUGUGGCCGACAGAUGGGAGUUCGCCAACGAGUUCUUCAGGAAGGGAGCGAAGCACCUCCUGGCCGAGAUCCACCGGAGGAAGUCGUCGCAGCCGCCUCCGCCGUCGAUGGUGCCGCACCAGGCCGCGUACCACCACCACCACUACCACCUCGGCAACACCUUCUCGCCGCAGCCGCCUCCGCCGGCGGCGGCGGGCCAUCAUCAGCAUCACCCGGUGUACCAGCAGCAGCACUUCGUCCAGGAGGAGCCGGCGGCGGCCGCGGCCGCGUCGCACGGCGGCGACUUCCUGGCGGCGCUGUCGGAGGACAACCGCCAGCUGCGGCGGCGCAACUCGGUGCUGCUGUCGGAGCUGGCGCACAUGAAGAAGCUCUACAACGACAUCAUCUACUUCCUGCAGAACCACGUGGCGCCCGUCACGAGCCCCUCGUCGGCCGCGUCGCAGCGGCAGCACCCGCCGCUCCCGGGCGCCGGCGCGUCCAACUCGUGCAGGCUGCUGGAGCUGGACAUGGACGUGGACCGGGGCUCGCCGGCGGCCGAGGACGACGAUGACACGGUGAAGCUGUUCGGCGUGGCGCUGCACCACGGCAAGAAGAAGCGGGCGCACGGCGCCGUCGCCCAUGAUCUCGGAAGCGAGGUCUAGGCUAGGCUAGGCUUCCACGCCGGCGAUCUAGCUUGCCGUCGAUCGGUCGUGUACAUAGAGAUGAGACGAGAGAGGAGUAGCUAGCUAGGUAGCUUUGCAGGCUUUGUUGGUUUCUUUUUUGCGCGGGUGUUGGUCGAUUAGAGUUUAGGAUCCGAUCCAUGAGGUCAUCGAGUAGUCCGAGAGAUGAGUUAGGAACGUACGUAGGAUCUCAAUCAGAUCGCGAGUAGUUUGCUGCUUGCCGUAGUCCUUGCACCGUUAAUUCAUGAUAUGUUCUUUUGCCGCCAUGCAUGCACGAGGGCCUGCUAUAUUAUAUCUUGCUGAUGCAAAAA